GGCCGUCAAACAAAAUCCGUCACGGGUCCCUGGACCACUGCAAAAGUCCUUCACGUACCCUCUGGUUCUGUUGUUCAUAAGAAUAAUGGAAUCGUCACGCCUUGUUUCCGUGGUCAAAAGCUCCCUGUUGAUUGUCCAUUCGUCCUCCCAUCCUCCUUCAAUUGCCACGAAGUACAACUAACACAGCAAGCGUCCACAAAUCGUGCAACUAAUUCUAAGCGCUGGUGCAAGUAAUUGCUCCUCGAUCAGCGUCGAGUAUUACGUUGAGCUUCGCGUACGUACAGGACUCAGUUGAGUACUCACGAAGUCAGUGGGAGCGGCAUCGACUUUGAGUCGUUGGUUAAAAGAUAUUCCUACUCUCGGUACUAUCGAAUAGACACAAGAUAGAGGCCACCAUGCCUUUUACUACGGUCGAAAGGGCAUCUCCGUCUGUUUCUUUAGAGCCAUUGAGAACGAACUUCAAAAACCUAAAUGCAAUCGCCGAAAUCUCCAUCGGCAAAACCAAACCCGUCCACUUCCUCAUCCACCGCGAACUUCUCACGAACCACAGUCCCUUCUUCUCCGCUGCGCUGAACGGCACAUUCGCCGAGGGCUUAUCGCAGCAUGUCGAACUCCCGGAAGAACGCCUGGAUAUUUUCGAGCAUUUCAUCCACUGGGUGUACACCCAGACACUCGACGCCAAUGCAUUCUGGAAGGAUGGGAAGCCGACAUAUUUCCUCCUCCUCGACCUCUACGGGCUUGCCGACCGUCUCUCCGUCGAGGCACUUCGAAACUGCGUCGUAGACGAGAUCGCCAAACUAGCAGAAGACACCAACUCCGUCCCGACGCCGAGCGACACCUACAUUCUCUACGACACAAUCCGCGACAACGCGCUGGUGCGGGACCUCGUCCUCGACCUCUUCGCGUUCAAGAAAACCGACAACCUGCUCGCCUCCCACGCCGACCCGUGGCACCCGAUGUUCCUGCGGGACCUGUGCGUGCGGUUGAAGCGCACGCAGUCGACUGCGCUGGACCGGCACGACUUCGAGGCGUUCCGCGUCAAGGGGUGGGAUCAGACUCGCGCGUGCGAGGUAUGCAAGAACGUGCUGCGGCCGCAGGUGCCCGCUGGCCAGUGUCGGGAUUGUCAUAAGACGUUUUGCAGCGCGUGCAUGGCGAGGGGGAGGGCGGUUGUCACAGGGGAUUGGCCGGGUGACAGCCUGUGUAAGCCGUGGAAGCGGGAUAUGUGUCGGUAUCAUGAUCACCAUGAGACGGAUGUUUGUCGGCCAGAUGAGAGGGCAAGAGGAAGAAGAGGGAUGACGAUUCUGAGGUGAUGAUGCUUGGCUUUUUUGGGGCAUUGCAUUUGAUCUAUUUGAGGGAACAAUACAUUUGAUUAUCAUCGAAGUGUCAGUGCUAGUCCAUACAUUUCGAUCCAGGAAUACCAUGGGAAUUACCAAUCCAAGUCA